AAAUAAAUGGGCGUGGAAAUCACUAAAAAGCCACUGCCUGCCUCCGCCAGUGUCGGCCAGGCUGCCAUCGCCACCCAUCUCACACCAUUAUUGUUAUGUGACCUCCUUUUCUUUUCUUUUCUUUUCAUUUGUCACCACCAUCCUGUCCUUUUUUCCCCUAAAUACUAACAAUAACAAUAACAAACGGCACGUCGCUUACACGUUCGAAGUAGUAGAGACAGACAUAGAGCAUUACAUUUUAUUUUAGUUUCCUAAAUAAAUAAAAUGGUCUCCCAAAAAAAUCCUUGUAUUUAUUGGGCCGUUUCAAACCCUUUUCUUCUACCCUCCCCGUCCUUGUUUUUUCCGCUCUCUCCCGAUUCUUCUACUUCUUCUAAUAUAUAAUAUAUAUAUAAUUUUUUACAGAAAAUUCCGUCGAAAUUAUAUAAAAAGAAAAGGUUGCUGCGCAAGUAUAUAUACUCCACAUACAUAAAUUCAUAAUAAAAAAAGGGAGGACAUUUCUCUUCUCGAUCGAUUGCCCUCCUCAUUCAGAGGGUUAGAGAGAUCUGAGGAGAGAGUAUUGGUGCUACUAUUAUUAAAAUAAAGAAGAUAAAAAAUGGCUCAUAGAGUAGAUCAUGAGUAUGAUUAUCUGUUUAAGAUCGUGCUGAUCGGGGACUCUGGUGUUGGCAAAUCCAAUAUUCUUUCCAGGUUUACCAGAAAUGAAUUCUGCCUGGAAUCCAAGUCCACCAUCGGUGUUGAGUUUGCCACCAGAACUCUCCAAGUGGAUGGGAAGACGGUAAAGGCACAGAUUUGGGAUACAGCAGGUCAGGAGCGGUACCGAGCUAUCACUAGUGCUUAUUAUAGAGGAGCUGUUGGUGCUUUUCUUGUUUAUGACAUAACCAAGAGGCAGACUUUUGACAAUGUCCAGAGAUGGCUUCGUGAAUUAAGAGACCAUGCAGACUCAAACAUUGUUAUCAUGAUGGCUGGAAACAAGUCUGACUUGAAUCAUCUCAGGGCUGUUCAAGAGGAGGAUGGUCAUGCCUUGGCUGAGAAGGAAGGUCUCUCAUUUCUUGAGACAUCAGCUCUAGAAGCCACCAAUAUUGAGAAGGCGUUCCAAACCAUUUUGACAGAGAUCUAUCAUAUUAUUAGCAAGAAGACAUUAGCAGCUCAGGAAGCAGCUGCCAAUUCUACAGUUCCUGGUCAAGGAACCACUAUCAAUGUUGCCGAUGCCUCGGGGAACACGAAGAAAGGUUGCUGUUCCACUUAAAGCCAUACUUGAAGCUAGCAAGAAACCAUAUUUCAUGAUUAUUAUUUUUUUUUCCUUUUUGAAGUUUUGGCUAAGAGAGGGAGACAUGUAGAUUACUCUUUACCUGAUUGAGUUUGUGAAAUUGGAAAACGGUAUUGUUAGAAGUUUCAGGGUGGUUUGCUCUUUAUGUUUAUUACUUGUAUGUUACCUUUCAAACUGGAAGCGUGGAACUGACUGAUAGCUGGGAUUUUUGAGUACUGGGAGAAAGAGUGGUGUACAUCAUUUAAUGAGCAAGUAUAUUGCUGAGAAAA